CUUGCGAUGGCGGCGGCGGCGUCGAGCCCAGUCACCCCGCUGGCAGCGGUGUCUUCCUCUCAGAAAGCUACCAUCUCCGCCGCCUCCCUCUCCUACACCACCGGCGCGGCGGUGGCGGCGGCGGCGGCGGCGGCGGCAGUGGUUGUGCCUGCCUCCUCCGCCACCUCCAGCCCUGCCAGCCUGCCCGCUGGUGGCGGUGGCGGCAGCGGCUUUGGAGACACCACUAUGGCGGCGACGGGGAGGGGGGGCAGUAGUUUUAAAGUAGACUCCCGCCCUUGCCACAGAGAAGAUACGACUUGGAGCAAACAGGAGAAGACUGACCUUUUUACAGAUAACGUUUGUAAUAUAUGUGGGCUGGUGCUAGAACUUGAAUCACAAAGAAUUUUGCAUUAUGAGAGUGAAAGCCAUGCUCAAAAUAUUAGGUUUUAUUUUCAAAUGCAUGGGGGACAAAAUGAAAUGCCUGGUAAGAAAAUGAAGGUACAUGUUAGAAGUAUUCAGGUUCAUAGAAGUGAUGUAACAGACAGAAACAAAUUUUGUGAUCUCUGCAACAUGAUUUUUAGCUCCUCAGUUGUUGCUCAGUCUCACUAUGUGGGGAAAGGUCAUGCUAAAAAGGUGAAGCAAUUAAUGGAGGAAAAUAAUGAAGGAUCUCCAUCUGGAAGUACGCAAGAAAUGGCAGGUGUGCCUAUUACUACUACAGUGUCAACUUUUCUGAAGCCUCUUACUGUCAAGUCUCCUCCAGGUGGGAUUAAGGACAAGACUAUGCCUUCUUCCAGCAAUGACUUGAAUUUGAAUAAUCCAAGCAAGUAUUGCAAGCUCUGCCCUGCUUCCUUUAACAGUCCAUUAAUGGCCCAGCAACAUUAUGUUGGGAAAAAACACAAAAGAAAUGAAGCUAGGAAGAAAUAUGUAGACAAGAUAAGAGAGAGACCUCCUCCAGGAAAAUCUGAUGCAAAUGCACGUCAUAAGAGAAACUAUGAUUGCUACAUUUGUGAUCUCACCUUCACAUCUUUAGCGAUGUUUCGGCUUCACAUGCAAGGAAGUGAACAUCAAAUGAAAGAAACUGCUGUCAUCAAUCUAGUAAAGAAUUCAAGGAAGAUACAAGACUCUAGCCAGGAUGAAUGUGCAGUCUACACCAGAGUGCAGCAAAACAGAGACUCAGAGCCCAAGAGUUUUAGAAAGAUGGAAGAGAGUGCUUUAGAAAGUCACAGAUACAGAGGCAUGGCUAAUUCCAGAUUCAGACAUGGAAUGUCUGAACAAAAAUUCCCAUGUGAAACUUUUCACCGUUACAUAGGGCCAUAUAACAGUUCACAAACAGUAAAAAAAAUUUUACCUCAUUUUUUACCAGCUUAUUCAAAGAAGACAUAUGAUUCUUUCCAAGAUGAGCUAGAAGAUUACAUCAAAGUGCAGAAAGCCAGAGGACUAGAUCCAAAAACUUGCUUCAGAAAGACAGAAGAGGGCUCUAUGGAAAUGCGUAGAUAUAGAGAAGUCACUUCUGGACCCCGACACAGAACACUUAAGCACAGAUAUUCACCUGAGAUUUCUCAGACCUACCGACCAUACACUAUUUCAACAAAUGUGGAAAGACAGUUACCUCAGUGUGUGACAGCUUAUCCAAAGAAGUCAUAUGACUCUUUUCAAGAUGAACUAGAAGAUUACAUCAAAGUACAGAAAGCUAGAGGACUAAAACCAAAGACUUGUUUCAGAAAGAUAAGUGGUAGUCCUGUAGAAACCCAUACAUACAGAGUAGUUAAUUCCAGACCGCAACAUAGGAUAAUUGAACCAAGACUAGCAGUUGACAGUUUCCAGACUUAUCAAGGUUCGUAUAGUAUUUCACAAACAGAGGGAAACCAGUUUCCUCAGUGUUUAACAACAGAAGACGACAAUCAGAGACUAGAUCCUAUGACCUACUCUCAACCCACCAGAGACUAUAUCCCAGAAAAACCAGUACCACUGAGCCUUAAUCAGCAAGAAAAUAACUCUGCCUUAUACAGUGUAGAAUCUGAAGUUUAUCGGCAUCUCUCUUUAGAGAACUAUACCAUGGACCAUCAAACAGGUCAUAAAAGGAGACAUGAGAAAAGGAAAAAAUACCUAAAAGAAGGCAAAGAAAAGGCAGAGAAGCGACAAUCGAAGCACAAAAGAGAAAAGUAUGAGAAUAUGGAUCUCAACAAAGACAAGAACAUCCAACAGGGGGAUAAAGAAGAAGAUAAAGUCAGAGUCAGUUCAGAAAAACUUAAGCAUCAUAGAAAGAAGAAAAGACAUGGCAUGCCCUCAGAGAAAGAGCGUAAACACAGGAAGGAUAAAAAGAAAUCUGUUGAAGAAAAAACAGAAGAAGAAAUGCUUUGGGAUGAAUCCAUUCUUGGAUUUUAAACUUUAGGUUUUAUUUACCUGAAGGUAAAUUGAAGAAAUGGGCCUAAAAUACGGAGUUAGACAAAGAUAUAGACAAUCAGUAAAGAAAAGGAGAAGUGGAAAUAUACAGUAUCAGUCUAGGAAAGCUUAAUUCUUUGUGUAAGACUUGAAACUGAAUUAAAGGGAGAAACAAACUUAAACUUGCCCUCUGAGAAAGAACAUAAAAAUACAAUAAGAGCAUAAGUGAGAAAAAAACUGUAGAAGACUGAACUGUCAGUGCUUUAGGAUGAGCCUGUUCUAUUAAUAUUAAUGUGAACUUUAAGUUUUGUUUACUUGAGGAUGAGCUGAUGAAAUCAGGUAAAAUUGAUCUAGACAAAAACAAGAGCAUUUGAUGAAGUAGCAGGUGUCAGUUAAAGCUUAUAUGUAAAGAUGGAAAUUGAAUUUAAGGGAAGAAAACUUAAAUCUAGUCUGUGAAGAACAUAAAAACAUAACAAGAACAUAAGAUAAAACUGUCUAGAAAUUUGAACUUUCUAGUUUUUUUAACAAAUUCCUGAAGUAUGAACUGAAGAAGUAAGUUGAAUAGUUCGUUUUCUUUUUUUAAAAAAUUUAUUUCUUUAUUGGGGAAUUAAUGUUUUACAUUCAACAGUUUGUACAUGCAUAACAUUCCCCAGUUUCCCAUUUAACAAUACAACCCCCACUAUGUCAUUUAUCAUCCUUCAUGGACCUGUAUUCUCCCCACCCACCCACCCCAGAGUCUUUUACUUGGGGGCAAUAUGCCAAGAAGAGUUCGUUUUCAUCAAGUUCAUGUUACUUGAAUUUUCCUAAGUUACUUUAAUUUUAACAAAAGCCAGGUGAAGUGAGAGUAUUCUAUAUGCUUUUUUCCUCAAAUUACUGUUCCUCAUUUUAUUUUUAAAAAGCUAAAGAAAAAUAAGCUUUUUACGUGUAGUGCAGUUUCUCUUAGCAAGGUUGUUUGUCUCUACCUCUGUUCAUAAAUUUUUGUGGCUGUGAGUUAUUUACCAACGGGAGAUAAUAUAUUUUUAAAAGAGAGACUUAUUACUAGACAUUUUCAAUUGUAUUCAUUGUUUGGGUUUGUGUUACUGGUAUUGUAUUGUUGUUGCGUGAUUGUUUAUGUGUCUUGACUUUUCUCUAAAAAAAUGUCAAACUGACUUCGGGGAUCAUUGUUAAGUCUAAUUUGCAGGGUAUUUUUGUAUUUCCUAGCUCAGAAAUGAAAAAUGAAACAGUAUAUAAUAAAUCUAAAUGAUAUAUUGUUUGUAAAAGUUCUCAAAAAUACUGAUGCAAAAUCAGUCUAUAUUCUGGAAAUGUUUAUAUUAAAGUGUUUUAAUUUGUAA